AUGUCAUCAUCCGGAGAUGAUCCUUAUGCCCACGUAUGUAAGGGUUCUUUGAAAUUGAAAAAUAGCGACGGCAUUAGUAAAAAGAAAUCAAAAAAAAAGGAGCAAAAAAAACUUGUCGAAGUUGCGAAAAUAGUUGACGAAGAACAAACGAAACCUGUUGAAAUAAAGAGAACUAAAGCCGAGUUAGCCUUUUUAAAAAUGCAAGAAAAAAUGGACGUCCCAAAUGGUCUACAGAAAGACAAUAAGUCUCAUCGAUAG